CCGGCGCUCACCGGAGGAGGGGCGUGCAGGUAGCGGGCGCCCUGGAGCCACCGUCCGUGCGAGGCGCUAUUAGUAAUCCCGUCGCUCGGCCCGCAGAGCAAAGCAAGUCGGGCCGGGUGUCUCCGGGGCCCUCCCCAGCCCGGAGCCGGAUCGAGGCAGCCCUCCUCUCCCCUUCCACGUGUCCCUCCUCCGCGGGCAGCCGAGGGCCUGGGCUAGCGGGCCGGGGGCCAGGAAAAAGGCGCAAACACCGCGGCUGGGCCGCUCCCCUUCCCGCUCAAAAUAGCCCCCGGCCGGGGCUGCCACGCAUUCCGCCGGGCCCCCGGGGCGCGGGAAGGGGUGGCGGGCCGGGCUACGUGGCCGGCCGGGCCUAGUGGGACAGGGUGGGGGCGAGGGCGGGCCGCGCGGUCGGCCGGCCGGCAGGCAUGUGGCUCUCCUUCGGGGAGCCUUGGCAGCCUGGGCUGCGCGCUGCGCCCGGAUGAUGGAGAGCUUCUGGAAUUUCCUGCAGCUGGAGAGCGCGGCCGGCCGGGGGAGCCGGCCCAGCGCAGCUCGGGAAGGGGCGCCGAGCCGCCCCGACCCCCGGACGCGUCUCCGCCGCUCCGGUGGUGUGGGAGACUUGCCCGCCCGGUCCCGGACCUCCCCCGGGCGAGGCAGGAGGCUCCCCUCCCCCGCCGCUCCUUCGGGGCUGGCGGGGGUCCAGGCCCGCCCUUCCCGGCCUGGGCGGCGGACAGGGGCCAGGUGCAGGCGACGCCCCUCCCCCAGCCGCCUGGUUUCCCUCUCGGCCCGUCACCUCUGCAAGAGUCAGAAGCCCUGCGGCCUCCUGGGGAGGGGGCGGGGGCGCAGGCGCAGGCACCGGGGGCGGCCAGGUAGCUGGAGGGGCAGCGGCGGGAAAACUCGGGAGCCGACUCCUCCGGCCGCCAGACCCGCGCCUGCUGCUCGAGCUGAGCCGUCGAAGGGCUUCUCUGUAGGAGGGAGGCGAGGCAGUCCUCUCUCUCCGGCUCCCCCCCACCCCACCUCCUCUCGCAACUACCGAGCCAGUGGGCGGCGGACCGCUGGAAACGUCCUGGAUCGUUUCCCCACCUCCCGCAGCAGCUGGCUUUGAGGGGGCGACUCUGAACCUUGCAGGUCAGAGAGUCCAGACAAGGGACCCUGGAGGGAGGGCCUCCCUUUUGCCGGAGCCCUGCAAUCCAGGGGAGUUGAUGGGAGCUUGCCUGGUUGUCUACUCAUCGGCCUGGACCCCAGAGCCAUCCCAGCUGAGUGUG